CGUCAUUUAGCUUCAAAUUUCCAACCAAACCACAUCUUUUGAAGUAAUAUCGAUCAUCGAAGACAAAUCCAACACAUCUACAUGGAGACAAAGACGAACAUUCUCGUUGCAGAACAAGGUCAACUCAACCCAACACCCAAACACAUUUUCAUCCUCUCAGGCCAAAGCAAUAUGGCGGGCCGAGGCGGCGUCUCCAAGCACCACCACCACAGCCAAAGCCACUGGGAUGGCAUCGUCCCACCGGAAUGUCAGCCGCACCUUUGCAUCCUCCGCCUCAGCGCCACCCUCAACUGGGAGGCCGCACGGGAGCCGCUCCACCACGACAUCGAUACUCACAAGGUCUGCGGAGUGGGGCCCGGGAUGUCGUUCGCCAACGCGGUGAGGGAUCAUCUGGGCGGCGAGUGCCUGGGUCUGGUUCCUUGCGCCGUGGGCGGCACAGCCAUCAGGGAGUGGGAUCGUGGGCACCAAUUGUAUGAGAAUAUGCUUAAGAGAAGUAAAGAGAGUUUGAAGAGUGGAGGGGAAAUCAAGGCUUUGCUUUGGUACCAAGGGGAGAGCGAUACGUCGUCGCUUCAUGAUGCUGAAGCCUACAAGGGAAACAUGGAGAGGUUGAUUCAUAACUUACGUCGAGAUCUUGGGUUGCCUUCGCUUCCAAUCAUUCAGGUUGCAAUUGCAUCAGGCGAUGAGAGAUACAGGGAGAAAGUAAGAGCAGCACAGCUGGGGAUGAAUCUGCCGAAUGUGACGUGUGUGGAUGCCAAAGGGUUGCCUUUGAAACAGGACAAUCUUCACUUGACAACCGAGGCUCAGGUUAUGUUGGGGCACAUGUUGGCCGAUGCAUUUAUUCAAUAACUCGAAAAACUUGGUUAUCUUUGAAUGCAAGUAAAUCUCGAGGCUUCAUUGCGUGGGCGUCGGAUUUGUUUAUUUCAUUUCAUGUGUAGCUUCACUUGAUCAUGUUUGCCACAUCCUUUCCCUUCUCAUUUGAUGUUGAGUUUCGAUCUCCAGUCCGGGUAAAUCUGAAUAAAUCCCUUGCUCUCGCUAUACGGUUGUCGUCAUUUUUCUUGUCCAUUUACCUUCAAGGGAGUUUUACCAUGUUUGCCAUGCUCCUA